CGGUUUACCCUCUGGUUUUCCCGUUUGUCUUUCCCCCAGUCGCCUGGUUGCUAGACGACCUGGUGUGAAACAAGUCACCUUCCUCGGCGAGACAAAAACAACUCCUCGUAACUUGGAGACGCGAUGUCUCCAGCAAUCCAGCAGCGACCGGGUGGAGAACACGGACGAGUCGACGCGUAGUGAGCAGGGACCUCCAGUGCUAAUGCUAAUGCUAAUGCUAAUACGGACGCCGCGGUCCGUUUAAAGGGAAUGAUGGCUUAAUGCUAGCGAUGCUACCGUGCUGUUGUGCUAGCCCUUUUGGAGAUUAAUAAAAAAAAAACAGGAAGAAAAUGAAGACCGCCAACGAAGCCCACUCGUGUGUCCAGUCCACUUGAGUGCCAACGCAGGCUGACAUGUCCGCCUAACGUGCUCCCUGGUCAGCCAGCAUCAUGUCAGGGGGGGCGAGCGACAUCCCGACCGAUGAAGACUGCGAGGUGUCGCCAGACAAUGGCUUCUCGUACUCUGACGAUUUUUCGAAAAAGACACCAAAGAAGAAACUGGGCAAGCCUCCGCCUUCCCUCAGGUCCCCGUACCUGUCCAGCAUGAACGUGCACGCCAGGAAAGCAGCCAUGUCCGCCUGGAAGCUCCCGUGGACGUCGCUCUGUGACACGCCCGGCGGGGAGACCCACUCGACUCGCUUCACGUCCCUCAGCAACCACCGCGAUCGCCGAUCUGAGUGGGACAUGACACCGGAUUUCCCCAGACACACUUUGCCCAGCCGCAAGCAUCAUCAUUCAGCGCCCAACGUUGCCAGAGACAAGGAGGAAAUGCAUCACGAGAUCACGCUCCUCAAGAAGAGUCUCAACGAGCAGAAGUCUGACAACCAGAAGAUGAAAGUCAAACUUCGCCGUCUGGAAGAUGACAACGCCAAAAGGGAGAAGCAGCUGGAGGAGUUCCUGGAUCCCACCAAUAGGUCCGAGUACAUUCGCAGCCUGGUGGACAAGAAACCCGAGGGCAGUGUGGUGGUGAACGGACUGAAGCAGAGGAUCCUCAAGCUGGAGCAGCAGUGUCGAGAGAAGGAGAACGUCAUCAGCCACCUGCAGAGCGAGCUGAGGACCACCAACCUGCAGGAGAUGAAGAUGACCGUGAAGAAGUACUUUGAGGAGAUCCAGAGACUCAAGUUGCUCCUGGAAGCGUCGGAGAAAAGCGGAAUAGCAGAGGGUAAAGUUUUCCGCAGGCAGCAGAAGGCGCUGAGCUCCACCGUGCUGCGUCUGUCCGAGGACCUCAAACAGCUGCAGCUGGACAACGCCACGCUCAGGGAGGAGCUGGACACCGAGCGUCCGGCCGCCGGCAUCAAAGGCUACAAGGAGUGGAGCAGAUAUAGACUCUUGAGGAGACUGCUUGAACUGGAAAAGAGACUGGAAGAGAGACCCCCCCUCAAAGCGAGGAAUCAAUCGGACCGGGAGUGUCAGACCGCGCCCGUCCACCUCGCGCACCAGGAAACUCAGACCGCGCCAGCCAAGCUCUCCAACCUGGCGGUCCAAACAGAGGACGUGACGACGCAGACCACCAAGGAGAAGGAGGUGUUCGACCUACGUGGACGCGUGGAGCGGCUGGAGGCGGAGAGGACGCAGCUGCAGCAGGCGCUGGCCAGCAAACAGGAGGACGACAGACAGACGAGGACACGGCAGCAAGAUGCGGAAGAAGAAACCCGACGGCACGGCGACGACGAAGCCAGAGAGUUGAGGGCGGAAAAGGAAGAGCUGGAAAAGCGACUGGAGCGCUGGAGAGCCGAGCAGACGAGCGAGCGGGAAUUAGAGCGGCGACGCCACCGGGAGGAAGUGCAGCUGCUGACGAGGAAAAGGGAGCAAGAGGACGAACGAUGGCGAGGCCAACUGGAAAGCGAGCGGCGGCAGCAGGAACAGGAAUUGGAGCAGCUGAGGAAACUGGUGGAGAUCCUCAAGGAGAAGGGAAACCAGUCCCGUGACGAAAGCCGGGCCAGUGCGCACCGGGAUGACACGGACAAAGAUGACGACGAGUGUGACGAAGAGGAAGAAGGACACGACCGCGGCGAGCCGGAUACGGAGACCCGGGCCUCCGGCGGGAACAACAAAAGUGAGGCUGGUGAUUCCACCAUUCCGCCGGGCGGAGGAGUCCUGGAUGACGAGUCCUUGGUCAGUAUCCAGGCUGCGUUCAGGGGCCACCUGACUCGCACGCAACACCUUACGCACAGUUUGCCAAACCAGAUGACGUUCCACACAAACGCCAGCGCCGCUAAAAGGAGUUCGGACAAGGAAGCGCCGUGGCCUGCCUCCAGGACGCACAAACCGCUGACGCCCCCUAAAGACGCAGCCCAGUCAGAGGUGGACGCCGGAGACGAUGCCUAUUCGGAGAACUCUGACGAUUCGGACGACAUCAUCGUGGCAGAGUCGUACCCUCGGAGAAACAGAGAGGCCCGGAUCCUGUGACCGCAAAGCGCCGACGGGCGGGGAAAAUCUCUCGCGCCGUAAAGUCAACUCCGGACUUUGUUUUGGCAGUGGAACUCUUGCGUGAAAUCCAUCGCCUGCCGCCUAAGUGCCUACCAACGUGGACAUUCUCGUAGCUGAUAUAAAGCUUGUAGGUUGUUUUUUUUUUCGUACUGAGUGAGCCGCACUGGAAAAAAAUGUUUGAAUGAGCCUUCGAGACGUGUCUUUAAAAGUCUUACUGACACGACGAGGUAGAGCACAGUUACUCACGGGCAACAUUAUUGUACUUUUUGUAAAUUAGUUUUUAAAAAAAAAGACUCCUGCCACAUUUCAGUUUCGGGAAGCCAUCUAAUAAAUGAACGCCACCACGUCAGCCUGGAAAGUUG